AUGCUGAGACAGCAGCAGCACCACCAACAACAGCAGCAGGAGCAACAGCAGCAACAGCAGCAGCAGCAACAGCAGCAGCAGCAGCAGCAGCAACAGCAGCAACAGCAGCAGCAGCAGAAACAGUUGCAGCAGCAGCAACUGUUGCCGUUACACCAGAAGCAGCAGCAGCAACAGCAGCAGCAGGAGUUGCAGUUGCAUCAGCAGCAGCAACAGUUGCAGCAGCAGCAAGAGUUGUAG